AUGGGAACAAAGUUUAGUGCAGCAGUUAUCACUCUUUUUCUUUCAUCCCUCCUUCUUCAACAGGCGUUUUCUGAAUCCAACGAUGGAAUCGUUAGAAUUGGACUCAAAAAGUUUAAGUUAGAUGAAAACAACCGGAUCCCUGUUCAGAUUACCACGCAAAUACUGGAUUCUCAAAAUGCUGACGGCAUUGUAAAGCUAACGAAUUUCAUGGACAUGCAGUACUAUGGUGAGAUUUCAAUCGGUACACCACCACAGAAAUUCACUGUGCAAUUUGAUACAGGAAGCUCUAAUCUGUGGAUACCUUCCUCAAGAAGGUGCUACUUAUCUCGUUGGUGUUUCUAUGUCCCUCGUUUAAGAACAUAUAAGAAGAACAAAUACUAUGCCCGUCGUUCAAGAACGUAUAAAAAGAACGGAACAUCUGCUGAGAUACACUAUGAUUCAGGUUCAAUAGCUGGCAGGUUUAGCCAAGACAAUAUUUUAGUUGGUGGUUUAACAAUCAAGAAUCAGGACUUCAUUGAAGCAACAAGAGUGUCCCGUUCUAUAUUUAAGUUUGCUAAGUUUGAUGGCAUUCUUGGCCUUGGAUUUCGGGAGCUAACAGAUUAUGGCGUUGUUCCAAUAUGGUACAACAUGAUGAACCAGGGACUGAUUCGGAAUCCAGUGUUCUCAUUUUGGCUUAAUAGAAACGCAAAAGAAGAGGAAGGAGGUGAACUUGUGUUUGGUGAGAUUGAUCCAAAGCAUCACAAGGGGAGCCAUACUUAUGUCCCUGUGACCCACAAGCCUUAUUGGCAGUUUGAUAUGAGUAAUGUUUCAAUCAAUGGUCAAUCAAUAGGUGUUUGCAGAUCUGGUUGUUCUGCAAUUGCGGAUUCUGGAACUUCUUUGUUGGCAGGUCCAACGACUGCUAUUACCAUGCUAAACCAUGAAAUUGGAGUCAAGGGAGUAGUAAGUCAUGAAUGCAAGUCAAUUGUUAAAGAGUAUGGACAAACCAUUCUGAAAAUGCUUCUUAACUUUUAAUAGGCUAAGAAAAUUUGUUCCCUAAUUGGAUUAUGCCCAGUUAAUGGAACUAAGCGUAUCGAGAAAAAUAGUAAUAGAAUAUCAUCACAUGUUUUCUCUAUCGGCAUGUGCGAUACUUGUGAAAGUAAUAGAAUAUCAUCACAUGUUUUCUCUAUCGGCAUGUGCGAUACUUGUGAAAUGAUAGUUGUGUGGAUGGAGAGUCGGCUAGUGAAGAAACAAACAAAAAAUGAUAUUUUAAACUAUGUUAAUCAACUCUGUGAUUCACUGCCAAGACCAUAUCAAGCAUCAACUGUGAAUUGUUCACAAAUUUCCUCAAUGCCUAUAGUUUCGUUUUUAAUUGGUGGUAGAAAAUUUUCCCUCUCGUCUAAGGAGUAUAUAAUAAAGUUUGGAGAAGGUGAUGCGCAAGAAUGCACAAGUGGUUUUAUCUCAAGAGAUGUUUCUCCUCCUUAUGGACCCUUCUGGGUUUUGGGGGACAUAUUCAUGGGUCGUUACCACACUGUGUUUGACUAUGGAUCUUCCAUAGUUGGAUUUGCAGAUGCUGCUUAA